CUUCGGCCACCGCCACCACGCCACUUCCCCCGUCCUACCUCAACAUUUAUUUUUAUUAUAUAUAAUAAAUCUCCGAAAAAAGGAGCAAGAGCAAACAGCAAAUCGACCCCCGUGGCCGUGGGAAGCAGGGCGUCGCCUCGGUCAAAUCCGGCGGCGGCGGAGGGGGAGUCGUGGGCCGCAAGGCUGGGCUGGCCUGACCGGACCGCCGCGCGCGUGACCCGCCCGGUGGGAUCCUUCGGGCCGGCGCCCCAGGAGGAUAUUCUUCGCGCUGGGGGUGCUUGAUUUGGAUGAAAGGAGCGCGCCGUCGGCAUGGGUACCCCCUCGCAGGGCUCGGCUGCCGUGGCGGCGGCCCGGGUCGACCUCUGCGCGCUCGACCUCAUGCCCGUCUUCGCCAAGGAGAUGAUUGCCGGUGGGGUCGCCGGUGCUUUCUCCAAGACUGCCAUCGCGCCGCUCGAGCGCCUCAAGAUAUUGCUACAGACUAGAACAAAUGAGUUCAGGUCUCUCGGAGUUCUGAAAUCCUUGAAUAAACUGAGAAAACAUGAUGGCGUCUUGGGAUUUUACAAGGGAAAUGGUGCCAGUGUGUUAAGAAUUGUUCCUUAUGCUGCAUUACAUUAUAUGGCGUAUGAGCGAUACAGGUGUUGGAUCUUGGGUAACUGCCCUACACUUGGCACAGGACCUGUGGUAGAUCUUUUAGCAGGCUCAGCAUCAGGGGGGACUGCAGUCUUGUGCACUUAUCCCUUGGACUUGGCUAGGACCAAGCUUGCAUUCCAGGUUAAUAACACAGAUCAACCUAGCAAUGGUUUGAAAAGGCCAAUUGCUCCACCAUCAUAUGGAGGAAUAAAAGAUGUCUUCAGAGGUGUUUAUUCAGAAGGUGGAGUGCGAGCCCUGUAUCGUGGAGUAGGUCCAACGCUAAUGGGAAUACUUCCCUAUGCUGGUCUUAAAUUCUACAUAUACGAAGGGCUGAAGGCACACGUACCUGAAGAUUACAAAAAUUCUGUCACAUUAAAACUAUCCUGUGGUGCUGCAGCUGGUUUAUUUGGACAGACUUUAACCUACCCAUUAGAUGUAGUCAGGAGACAAAUGCAGGUUCAAAGUCAUCUGCAGCAUGAUCAGUCUGGUGGCCCACGAAUAACAGGUACAUUCCAGGGGCUUAAGAUCAUCAAACAAACACAGGGAUGGAGACAAUUAUUUGCUGGUCUGAGCCUCAAUUAUAUCAAGGUGGUACCCUCAGUGGCUAUUGGUUUCACCGCAUACGACACAAUGAAGCAUUUGCUGAAGAUACCUCCGAGAGAGAGCAUAAAGCCUGAGCAAGGUUCUGCUUGAAGCUUCUAUCCACA